CUUCCAAGGAAAGAUACAUCCAUUUCCCCCCCUCUCCAAACAAGGUACAUGGCUAGUUUUCUUUACAACACAUCCAUAGUGGGGCUGUUACCCACCCGUAAAUUUCAUUCUCCGCGGCCCCGAUCCGAUUCAGAGCCACUACCGAAUCCCAGCCCCACUGACCAACCAGUCCAGAAAAGUCUGUCCAUUGCCCACUUUGUAUCAUGGUCAAACAGGGCUAACCACGAGUCAGAGGUAUGUGGAUAUGGAUGAUCUCAUCGGUUAGAUCGCGGAUUUUUCUUUUCUUUUGUUUUUCCUUUGUUGGUUUGGUUUAGAUUGAAGGGAGGGAUUGUUGAAUGGGAAGUAGGUACAGUGCAUACUGCAUAUUGCAUAAAGAUGUGUAAUUAGGUAAAUAGAUAGGUAAGGUUCAGAGAAUGUCAAAUCUCUUCAGAUCAUUAAGUUUUACCACUCAUAUUUGAUC